UUCCAAACCUAGAAUGUAUUGCAAUAAGACAGACGUAGAACCCAAGGAACCGCCAUUCACUAAUUCUACAACACGAAGUUUGAAGUUUAUUGCCAAUUGAAGGCCUUGAAAAUCAGUACUCACUUAACUUUCAGCGGUACAAUAUGAGUUCUGUUCUGAUUUUAUUUACUAAGCUCAUUGGUCUUGUUUUGUUAAAGAUAGUCAGUAAUGCUGUUUUCGUUGCAAUUGCGUUUUUCAGAAGAACUGGCAAAGAACUUUCAAGGUCAUUGCUGACUAUAUGUCACUUCAAGGAUGCUCAAAACAAACCACUGAAGUCAGACUGCAUAUUUGGGAUUGUUGUAAUCACUCGUUUCUGUACGCAGGGAGUGGACUUCAACAUGAGGGUUCUCACAUUGUUUCAGGACCUUUGAAGAAUUCUGCUUUUUUUGAGCGAGUCAUCGGAGAAGUUUCGGUGGACACGGUUGUAUCUUGGGCAGCUAAAAUUAUUCAUAAGAAUUCUCUUAGAAUUUCUGCACAAAAUAUUGCUUUUAUUUUGGUGCAUGGGAAAGAUUGUUCAAGUUUUUUCAAUCUAAAAAAGUGGUUUCAUAUCAUACCAAAUCACCAACAGGGAAAACGUCAUCUUGAGAAUGUGCAGGUUGAGGCUAAGAAAGACGAUGCAGUUCCUUUGACAGAUGAAUAUCAUAUUCGUUCCCUUGUACGACGCAAUUUAAGUCAUAAUAAUGAUUGGGAGGAUCCUCAUGUUUAUUGUGCAUAUAGUCAACUUUACACUCGUAUCAUCCCAAUUAGUCGUCAACUAACAACUGUUGAUUAUGAUUCCAGUGUCAAGAGUAAAUUACUGUCGAAAUUUCAGUAUGUUUCUAGUGAGAAAGAAGAUUGUUCAAAAUUACUGGAAGUUGGUCUACAAACUGCAAUAAAAAAGAAUUUAAAUUAUAUAAUCGUUAUCAAUCCACGUGCAAUAGAUUUACGAGAACAUUUACUAACUGAAACCAUACAAUUGUUAACUGGUGAAAACAGAAAUUGUCAGGUUGACGUAGUUCUAGGCAUCACAAAACGAUGUUCAAGAAUUUCACAAUCGAAGAAUAUGCAAAUCAGCAAUUCCCAAACGGAAUCAUUCAAUGGUUUAUAUUUAUUGGGUUUAAAAUGCAGUCGUUCUCUGAUGCCUAAAAUAAGCUUACUUUGUAACAAUGUGGAAUGGUCGUCUAUAUCUACAGCGGAUAGAUUAUGGAGAAAUAUUUAUCAAUCGUUUCCUAAUUGGAAUUCAGUAUGCCUACGUGAAAGGCUAGAAGAGGUAUUUGAACCGUUGGACCUUUUAAACCUACAACAAUCUACCGGAUUAUUAUAUGAACAUGUUCUCAAUGAUUCAAUAUCUGUUAUCAUUCCCAUGGGUUAUGGUCAUCCAGAUGACUGUCUUGAUCCUGAAGAUGUGGAAUUAACCAAUUCAAAAUCAUCUAAUUCACUGGUGAAUACAAUUGAUCUGGCAGUUCAUAAUGCUUCGGGUAAAAGACAAAUCGAGAUCAUAAUCAUCAACAGUUCACCUGUUCAAAAUAAUGAUUCACGAAAUCUCACCACUGCAGGAUUAUUAAUAACAGAACCGUUUCGCAAUAUACGCUUACGUUCUAUGGUUAGCAUUCAUUUGUAUUAUUAUAACCCAAUAGAAACAAAUGUAUUGAAACCGAAUCGAGGGGAACUCAUACGCUAUGCUGUGGAUCAUUAUGCUAGAGGUUCUAUGCUUGUUUUUGUGGAGCCAGGUGUUCAAUUACCAGUCAAUUGGGAUUCAGCUGUGUAUUAUACAUUACAGAGACCUGGUGUUGGUAUGGCUUGUUUCGCCUAUCGUUUACACUUAGAUGAUAAAUAUAUCCAUAGAAAAAGUCUUUCAUGGGCUACUAAUUGUUGGCUUGCUAGUUGGAUUGUAAAUGUACAGACUAGUUGGUCAGGUAUUCCAAUCGUUGGACAGCCACACUUUAUCUAUUCACAUUAUUUACGGUGUAUCAAUGGUUAUCCACAAUCUUGUCGUGCAUUCCAUGCAAUUGAUCUGGCACUGGCUUCACAUCAGUAUUUAGGUGAUGUAGUCGUGACACGUAGUAGUACAUCUUCAGCAGGUAUUCCAGCUGAUUAUGCCUUAAGGCAUGGUGCUUAUCGUACUGCAUUGUAUACAAUGUUAUUGGGUGCAGCACGUUAUUUAGGCACUACAGAAGGCCAGUUGAAAUGGGCAUUGGAAUCAUCUACGCUUUCAGUGUCGCCGAACCCUAAUGGUGUAGAACACAGUUCUUCACACCUACCCUUAGUUAAGCCACAUUACAUAGAUGGCUAUUAGAACUUCAAAGUAAUAUUUGAAUUUGUAUGCGCUGAUUUUCCUUCAUAUAAUCUUGAAUAUUUGUUUUCUAGAAAGAUGAUAAAAUUGUUGAUUUAUGCUUUUGUUAAUUGUUAUUUCUGAUAUGAUUUUUUGAAAUAAAAUUUAAUUCUUUUGAAAGUAAGCAUAUAUUAUCUUCUACACAU